CUCUUUUACUUUGCUCAACAAAGCUUCUCUCUACUAUCUCUCUCUCUCUCUCUCUCUCUCUCUCUCUCUCUCGCUAUCAUACUUUUCAGUACGCCAUCUGAUUCAGACAUAUCUGAAACCCCAUAACUCAUAAUAAAGCUUACUCUUUUUCAUUGUCUCUUUUACUCUACAAAGUUUUGUUCUUUACCCAAAAAAGCAGGAUGGUCGACGUUGGACGGAGAAUGACCGGUCUCCGGCCAGCACACGCGGCGGGUCUCCGCCGUCUCUCUGCUCGUGCAGCCGCACCAACGACCCCAACGGUCAGGAACAGUCUCGUCUCUUUCUCAUCUCUCGCCGACCAAGUUAUCUCACACUUGCACACUUCGAGGAUCCAAGUCCAACCGGGUCUAACCGACGCAGAAUUCGCCAGAGCCGAAGCUGAGUUCGCAUUCUCUUUCCCGCCGGAUCUCCGCGCCGUCCUCUCCGCCGGUUUACCCGUCGGCGCCGGCUUUCCAGACUGGCGUUCUCCCGGAGCUCGUCUCCAUCUCCGAGCCAUGAUCGAUCUUCCGAUCGCCGCCGUGUCGUUUCAGAUCGCGAGAAACACCCUCUGGAGCAAAUCUUGGGGCCCGAGACCGUCUGACCCGGAAAAGGCCUUACGGGUCGCGAGAAACGCUCUCAGGAGAGCUCCUUUGAUGAUUCCCAUUUUCGAUCACUGCUUUAUCCCUUGUAGCCCGUCUUUAGCGGGUAACCCGGUUUUCUACAUCGACGAGACCCGGAUUUUCUGUUGCGGGUCGGAUCUAUCUGAUUUCUUCGAGCGUGAGUCUGUUUUCAGAGGAUCCGAUUUGUCUCCGGAUCUCCUCACUAAGCAGCUUUCGGUCAGCGAGAAGUCUGCCAGAUCGUCUUCGUCCUCCUCUAAUUAUUCAAGACUGAGCUUAGAUUCGGGUCGGGUUCGUGGGUCGGGUACACCGAGAUGGGUGGAGUUUUGGAGUGACGCGGCGGUGGAUCGACGCCGGAGAAACUCAGCUUCUUCGAUGUCUUCUUCUUCACACUCUUCCUCGCCGGAAAGAUACUUAGACUUACCUCGUUCAGAGACACCGAAAUGGGUCGACGAUUACGUUAACCGGAUCGGGUCGGUUUUAAGAGUAGGCGGGUGGAGCGAGUCCGACGUAGACGAUAUCGUCCACGUGUCAGCAUCUGGUUUCUUUGAAGAUGAGAUGGUGAUUUUAGACAACCAAGCGGUCCUUGAUGCAUUGCUUCUGAAAGCGGGUCGGUUCUCGGAGUCGCUCCGUAAAGCUGGAUGGAGCUCCGAAGAAGUGUCGGACGCACUUGGUUUUGAUUUUCGACCGGAGAAGGAGAAGAAACGGGUUAAGGAACUGUCUCCUGAUGUCAUCAAACGAAUCGGGAAACUUGCCGAGUCAGUUUCUCGGUCGUCAUAGUAACUACCCGACGGAGAUUCUAUUCACCGUUUAUUAAUAAUAAUACAGCAAUAGUUUAACAUUUUAAUAUAUGUAAUAUUGCUUUUUACACCCUAUUUUAUUAUUAGACAAAAAAUGGGAGCGUGUUCGAUUGUGGUAAGCAAAAUAGUGAAAUACACUGGAUAUUAAUCUAUAGAUCCAGAAUUUUUACAUUAA